AUGGAGACCCUGGAAGGAGCUGAACUCUGCUUCCCACAGCUAAACUCCUCCUGCAAAAAGCCUACAAAACCACACGCCGAGGCCAUGCUGAUCUAUGUCCUACUUUCAUCCAUUUCUGUGAUCACUGUGGCUCUUAACCUGCUGGUCAUCAUCUCCAUCUCACACUUCAGGCAGCUCCACACCCCCACCAACCUGCUCCUUCUCUCUCUGGCUUCCUCAGACCUCCUUGUGGGUCUCCUGCUGAUGCCAGUAGAAAUAAUCUACAUAGAGGCCUGCUGGUUUCUUGGUGACAUUCUGUGCAUUCUGUAUUAUAUUAUAGACUAUAUUAUUGCCUCCGCCUCAGUAGCCAAUAUGGUGCUCAUAACAAUUGACCGCUUCAUAGCUAUUUGUAACCCUCUGCAUUACCCCACCAGAGUCACAAAGACAAAAGCACAAAUUUGUGUGUGUUUGUGUUGGAUUUGUUCUGUUUUUUAUGGAAUCUCCCUUUUAUAUGACCAUCUGGAGAAACCAGGCAGGUCAAACUCCUGUUUGGGAGAGUGUGUGGUUGUCAUCAAUCACAUAGCAGGUGUUGUUGACCUUUUUGUCACUUUCAUUAUACCUAUUCUUGUCAUAAUAGUUCUGUAUACCAGAGUAUUUGUGGUGGCUGUGUCUCAGGCUCGAGCCAUGCGCUCUCAUAUUGCAGCUGUAGCAGCCCAACGCUCAGGGACUGUAACUGUCAAGAAAAAAGAGCUAAAAGCAGCCAGGACUCUUGGUAUUGUUGUAGUUGUGUUUUUAUUUUGUUUCUGUCCCUAUUAUUACCCCACUCUGGCAGGCGAAGACACUGAAGUCGAUGCUUCAUCUGCAUCCUUUGAGAUUUGGCUGGCUCAUUUUAACUCCUGUUUGAACCCUGUCAUCUAUGCUUUUUUCUACCCCUGGUUCAGAAAGUCUAUCAAAAUCAUCCUGACACUUCAGAUACUGAAGCCUGGCUCCUGUGAUGUUAAAAUACUAUAG